AUGAGUACUUCUAUCGCCGAUGCAUUCAAGAAAUUGAAUGUGUCUCCAGAAAGCUCAACUUCAGAACAUGAAAAAAUAUUUAAUGUUUCUUAUGAAUAUUUAUCAAAAGUGAAAAAAUUCAAUGAUUUAAAAGCUUCAAAAAAUUGUCUUGUGGCAUUGAUUAAUUUGGAUAAAUAUUAUAAAGCCGAACAAAUUAUUCGCAAACUUCCUUCUUCAUUAGUCAAUCUGUUAAUUCUUGAAGUGGCAUAUGUAUAUUACAAGAUUGGGAAAGUUCAAGAAUUGGUUAAAUUAUACGAAGCUACCAAUGAAAAUAUUUUACCAAAUGCUGUUGAUAUUGGUUUGAAACAUGUAUUGGCACAGUCUUAUUAUAAAAUCGGUAGUUAUGAAAAGGCAUUGGAAUUGUAUAAAGAAUUAAUUAAGAACAACCAAUAUGAUGAUGAAUUGGAUUUAGUCAUUAAUGAAAAGGCAAUAGUUUCACAAUUAAAUUUCCAAAAAGGUGGGAAAAUUGAAUCAAGUACGACAACUAAUGCAAAUAAUUAUGAUUUGUUAUUUAAUGAAGCUUUGAUUAAGUUGUCUACUUUGAACACAACCCAAACAUUAGCAUUGUUAGACAAAGCUUCUCAAGUGGUACAUGCAGAAUUAUCUGGAGAAGAUUUGGUGUCAGAGUUAUUGCCGAUCAAAUUAACCACAGCAUAUGUUUAUCAAUUAACUGGUGAAUCAAAUAAAAGUUUGGAAAUUUUGGAAAGUAUUGAUGUUGAAAAAAUCAAUGAUCUUUUAAUAAAAUUGAUUGUGAAAAAUAACCUUUAUUCACAUUCUACAAUCACUAAUAUCAACUUAGUAGAUAGAGACUUGAAUUAUCAACAAAAUUUACAUAAAUUGAGUCAAAAAUUGACCGUUUUGCAAUAUGAAAGAGUUUUGAAAAAUAGCUUGGUUUUGAAGUUUGCUAGUGGAACUUUGAGCAAAUCACAAUUAAACAAUCAGUUUAUUAAUAAUUUUCAACAAACUUUCCCUGGUGAUCUUCUUCCAUUAUCAUAUAAAGUGUUGUCAACACUUAAUAUAGAUCACAAAGAUUUACAAGAUUUAACAAAACUGAAACAGAUAGGCAGAAAACUUGUCAAAUACAUUCCAACACAGACAGAUAAUGAUUUGAAAAUUGUUGCUACAUUAAUUUUGGUUUCUGUGAAUGCUCAAAUUGGAUCAUUUGAUCAGAGUUUACCUAUUUUAGAACAAUUGACUCAUGAAUCAUUGGCUACACCCAAGGCAUUACCAGGAUUGAUUGGAACUUUGAUAGCUGUUUAUGAAAACACCCAUAAUACCAAAAAAUUAACUGAUUUAUUAUUGAAAGUUUUAGAAAAAUUAUUAUACACUCCUAAAGAAUUAUUAUCUGGAGAUAUUAAUUAUUACAAUUUUGCCAAAAUUGUUGCAUUCAAAGCAUUGAAUCAAGGUCAUGAUAAAACUGCCACUCAAUUGUUUGAAUAUUUGUAUGAAGUUAAUUCCAAUGAUCAAUUAAUCCAUUCAAUUUUAUCUAAUACAAAUAAUGAUUUAUUACCCCUUGAUGAAUUAACAAGUAAAAAACCAAUAGAUGAAAUAUUAUCAGUUGAUAUUGAUACAUUAAUACCAACAACGAAAAAUAAACCUAUAAAACCAAUUGUAAAAAAAGUUUCUAAAAUAACUAAAAAGAAACAAAACCCCAAAUUUGGACCUAAUAAAGUUUUGAAGCCUAUAGAAGAUUUACAAUUGGAUGAAGAAAGAUGGUUACCUAUGAAAUUAAGAUCUUAUUAUAAACCUACUAAGAAAGAAAAGAAGAAAGCUAGUGGUGGUGGCGGUCAACAAGGAGCUACUGAAUCUAGUACUCGUACAACUUCGCUGUCUAAUAAUAAAAAGAAAAAGAAGAAAGGUAAGAAAUAG